AGUGGGGCUCCAAUGUUUUAGCAGUUGCUACAGAAAGAGCAGGUGCAAUGUAUAGCCACUGAACGACACAGGGUCCCAGUCCCUCGGAAAGUGGCAUGGAUUGAAAUGGACCCGGGUGAACCCCUAGCACGCAACGGGCAAUGGAAUGAAAUGGACCCGAGUGAACACCUAGCAGUAGCACGCAAGGGGCAAGGGCAACUUGGUCUUGUCACGUUGCGUCGUGGAUAUCGUUCCCAGGCUCCAGCAACGAGAGGUGCAAAAGCAAUGUCCUGCACGAUUACUCCGCAGACCAAAAGCAGCAUACAGAAGACGAGAUCAACAAGACGAGAUGCUUACCCUUCACACCGUCCGGACAUCCCUUCCCUCGCCGCACAGAUCCUCUGCUCAUCGACGUGCACUACUAAGCAGGAAGAGAUCUUCGGUACGUGCCUGCAGCUCUGAAGAUGUUGGAUCCGGCGCUUCCUCGCCACAUGGUGGUGACCAGCGUCAGCAGGAGGUGCUUGCAAAAAUCGCCAUGCUUCAGACGCAGAAGGUCCGGAUAACAAACUUCUUGGACGAGCGGUCCGCUUACUUGACCAAGUUCGCGAAGGAUGCCGACACAGAGUUUGAUCUGAUUGGACAGAACGCCAUGAAAGAGCUUGAUCAAGUUGGGGACCAGAUAAUGGAGCGGCUGGAAAGUAAGAUGCAGGCCUUCGAGGAGACAGCUGAAAUACAAAGGCAGGAGAUAGAAAUGAAUGAGAGGGUGUUGGAAGACUUCGAAGAUUGGAUUGAGGUGGAGAAAAACGAAGGAAUGUUCUUCAAAAGCCUUGGGAAGGUCAAACCUCGAAACAAGGAGGAAAGCAAGGCGAAGGCCAAGAUCGAAGCACAGAAGAUCAGAGAUAUAACAAAGGAGAGUGCAGGGUCAAAAACAAGGAUGAAUAUUUACCUUGCGCUGAUGGUGAUACUUGGUCUUACAAUUGCAAAUGCCGUCUUCGCAACGCCUGACGUGGAAUGGAGGAAGGUUGCUGGUCUUGGUCUGAUUUUCAUUGGCCUGGUUACCCAGGUCAUCUAUGAGCAGGAUAUGUCACCACCAGAAGCUGAGAAGACAGAAAAAGGAGAUAAAUGAAAGAGUAGUACACCCAGAGUAAAACAUACACAAGUAGCAGUAGAGCUUCAUCGAUAUUUUUCACUAGCGAUGUAAACUGUAUAAAAUCAAAUAUUAAAGGACAGUCUUUAUAAGCUCAGAUAUGAUACAAGGAGUAGCUUGGUCUAUAAACCGCGGGUUUUU